AUGUGUACUGCUGCUGAUAAUGAUGAUGAUGAUGAUGAUGAUGAUGAUGAUGAUGAUGAUGAUGAUGAUGAUGAUGAUGAUGAUGAUGAUGAUGAUGAUGAUGAUGAUGAUGAUGAUGAUGAUGAUGAUGAUGAUGAUGAUGAUGAUGAUGAUGAUGAUGAUGAUGAUGAUGAUGAUGAUGAUGAUGAUGAUGAUGAUGAUGAUGAUGAUGAUGAUGAUGAUGAUGAUGAUGAUGAUGAUGAUGAUGAUGAUGAUGAUGAUGAUGAUGAUGAUGAUGAUGAUGAUGAUGAUGAUGAUGAUGAUGAUGAUGAUGAUGAUGAUGAUGAUGAUGAUGAUGAUGAUGAUGAUGAUGAUGAUGAUGAUGAUGAUGAUGAUGAUGAUGAUGAUGAUGAUGAUGAUGAUGAUGAUGAUGAUGAUGAUGAUGAUGAUGAUGAUGAUGAUGAUGAUGAUGAUGAUGAUGAUGAUGAUGAUGAUGAUGAUGAUGAUGAUGAUGAUGAUGAUGAUGAUGAUGAUGAUGAUGAUGAUGAUGAUGAUGAUGAUGAUGAUGAUGAUGAUGAUGAUGAUGAUGAUGAUGAUGAUGAUGAUGAUGAUGAUGAUGAUGAUGAUGAUGAUGAUGAUGAUGAUGAUGAUGAUGAUGAUGAUGAUGAUGAUGAUGAUGAUGAUGAUGAUGAUGAUGAUGAUGAUGAUGAUGAUGAUGAUGAUGAUGAUGAUGAUGAUGAUGAUGAUGAUGAUGAUGAUGAUGAUGAUGAUGAUGAUGAUGAUGAUGAUGAUGAUGAUGAUGAUGAUGAUGAUGAUGAUGAUGAUGAUGAUGAUGAUGAUGAUGAUGAUGAUGAUGAUGAUGAUGAUGAUGAUGAUGGUUGA